AAGCCAGGAGUUGCCGGGCUUUCGCCCAAGUUUUCCUGCUUUGUAGUGCGGGGCGAGGGAUGUGCGAACCUCGUCCGACUCGAGGGUUGUCCUGAGAUCGGGUCGCGAAGUCCGGGCGCUUUUGCUCCAAGACUUGGGUGGAGUCGCGGCGCCUUGACGUGUGACCUUGGGCAAGAUACCGAGGUUUCCCUUAGGCACAAUAUUCCCUGCCUCAUAGAAGUGAUCGAGAAUUAUAUGCAACGCCGUACAAAUGUUUGCUCGUAUUCUUGGCACUUGGCGGGGGGGCACUCGUUAAAAUACCAGCUUGUGGGCCCCGCCCCAGGACGUCUCCAAAACCCCGCUGGAGAAUCAGCCUCCUCUGACCCCUCUCUAAUCUCCAUUGUCCCCAGUCUUCACAGACAGCGAUCAGACAGCGAUGUGACACCCUCACUCAUCAUUAUUCUCGUUUUCUGGGUGAGAAAACAGAGAGGUGAGGUGACUUGCCCAAGGUCACACAAACUUUCCAAUGCCGGUUUCUCCCAUCCAUAAUAUGUUUAGAGCAGGGAAGGGAGGAGAGAGAGCCCCUGCUGGGUUUUUUUCUGCUCCGCUAGUCAGAGAGGACUUCCUAAGAGAGGCAGCUGGAGAGGGGCAUGAACUCCUCAGGCCUCACACGUGGGAGCCAGAGACAGGCAAAAGUCCUGCUUUGAAGUGGACCAUUUCCUGCAGCACCUGUGUCUGCCAAGUGCUAGCUGUGGGCCUCCUACCAUGUUACCCUGCUCUUUAAGCCCAAAUGCCGUCUUCAUACCAUGGGUCACCAUGCUUCCUUGGAAAUACUGAGACCACAGGUGUUCACGCCUGGUGCAGUAGGAGCUCAAAAAACAGCAAUUAUUGGAAGAGGGGAGGGCUUUGACAGCUGUGGCAGUUGCUCCUGGAAGGCAUAAAACCAAAAAGAAAAAGGAAAAACCAAACCUGUUGCUAUGGAGUUGAUUCAGACUCUUGGUAACCCUGUAUAUGUUACAGAGUAAAACUGAGCGUCAUAGGUUUUUCAAUGGUUGUCAUCUUUAGGGCAGCAGAUUACCAGGCCUUUCUUCCAUGGCACUGCUGGGUAGGUUCUAACUGCCAACCUUUGAGUUCGUAGUCGAACACGAACCUUUUGCACCUCCCAGGGACCUUCCUGGAAAGUGUACAGGGAUGCAAAUUGGUAGCCAGGUUCAGGAUACCAGUAGCUACUCUUUGGCCUCCAGCAUAUUUUGGGGGAAAAAACCAAACUGGUUGCUAGCAUUUGUAAAUGAGGCAAUUUCACGUGAAAAAAAAAUCUCGAUUUCUGUUUCUACUUGGAAAAAAAAAUCAGAAGUCUGUGAGAAAUCAGCUGCUGUAAGAAGCAACUGCUCCUCCAUGGACAGAUACUGAGCACUUGCUCAGAUUCACCCCUUUGUGGAACCUGCAGACCUUGGGCAUUUGAGUUUGUGACUCAGUCUCUCUGAACCUCAGUUUUCUCAUCUGUAAAUAAGGAUGAUAGCAGUUUCCAGUGUGUGAGCUUGGUGCUGUGCUUGGUAUACAGCAGCUGUUCAGGAAAUGGGAGUGUGGGUUAAGUAGGCUCUGAAGGCCCUUCAUGAUCCUAUGUGUGGAUCUUGUUAGCUGUUGUUGAGUUGGCUCCAACUCAUGGUGACUUCAUGCACAACACAACAAAAUGCCGCCCAGUCCUGCACCAUCUCAAUGAUCAGUUACAGUAAGACCCUUGUGAUCCAUAGGGUUUUCACUGGCUGAUUUUUGGAUGUCAAUUGCCAGGCCUUUCUUCCUAGUCUGUCUUAGUCAGGUAACCUAAAAAAAAAAAAAGGCAAGCCCGUUGCUGUCAAGUUGAUUCUGACUAAUCGUAGCCCCAAGUGACAGAGUAGAACUGCUUCAUAGGGUUUUCUUGGCUGUAAUCUUUAUAGAAGCAGAUUGCCAGGGUUUUCUUCUAUGGUGCUACUGGGUAGUAGUGAAACGCCAACCAUUAGGUUAGUAGUCAAGUGCAAACCAUUUGCACCAUCCAGGGACUUUAUCUUAAGUCUGGCAGCUACACUGAAAUAUGUUCAGCAUCAUAGCAACAUGCAACCCACCACUGGCAGACAGGUGGUAGCUGCUCAUGAGGUGAAUUGGCUGGGAAUCAAACCCAGGUCUCUCACAUGGAAGGCGAAGGUUCUAUUCUACCACUGAAACAUCACUGCCUCACCUGUAGACUUCUGGUGAAAUGAGUUCUUUUGUGUGGCCUUUUGCCUUGGUUCUUGGAAAAAUAGCUUGAGAGCUUUUUCCUAAGGCUCGAGGAGUUACCUUUGCCCUAGUUUUCUUCCCCAGAGGGUUUGUUAAUUUUGUCCAGGUUGAUGGACAUUUCCCAAACUUGACUUAUAAACAACUUGACUUUUUGUUUUGGCCCUGGGCUGUAGCCUGCCCUGUAAUUAGUGUGCACCUUGCAGGGAUUGGUCAGUAUAUUUACAGAGAAGAAGUGUUUACGGUUUGUGGUCUACCAGGAGGGGAUUGGUCAGUUCAUGGCUCUGGUGGGAGGGCCAUACUUUGAAAUUGACCAGGAGUUUGCUUAUAUGUGCAGACAAUUCCACAAAGGUUGGCAGACAGAAAGAAGGAAGAAGCGCAAAGGAGAAAAGGCAAGAAGAGAGAAGCAGCAGAGAGAGAAAGGAGGCUGUGGAGGAGGAAGAAGAGAUGGAUGCCCCAGACUCGGCCUCAGGGGUCUUCUGCAGCCGCGUCUUGAGUAUGGUGAAUGCAGAUGAUGUCAAUGCCAUCAUCCUGGCCCAGAAGAACAUGCUAGACCGCUUUGAGAAGACUAACGAAAUGCUGCUGAACUUCAACAACCUGUCAAGCGCCCGCCUGCAGCAGAUGAACGAGCGCUUCCUGCAUCACACGAGGACCCUGGUUGAGAUGAAGCGGGACCUAGACAGCAUCUUCCGCAGGAUCAGGACCCUGAAAGGGAAGCUGGCCCGGCAGCACCCCGAAGCCUUUAGCCACAUCCCCGAGGCAUCCCUGUUGGAGGACGAGGAUGAGGACCCCAUCCCGCCCAGCACCACGACCACCAUCGCUACCUCGGAGCAGAGCACGGACUCCUGUGACACCAGCCCUGACCUCAUCUCACUCCCCCUCAGCCCCGGCUUUGAGGACCUGUCCCAGGCCCGGCCUGGCUCCCCCGCCAUCAAUGGUCAUGGCCCCACAGACGACGAGGAGGAGACGCCGGGCGAGUAGCCUUGCCCUGGAUUCCCCAGGGUCCCAUCUGUCAUCUGGGGCUCUCAGGGUCCGGAUUCCAGGGCUAUGACGUGUGGGGGUCUCCCUCACCCAUCCCUUCCUCCUGAGAACAUCUUUGUUCUGCAGAUGCUUCUCCCAGUCUAUGGGUGUGCCCAGCCCAGCUGGGGUCCUCAGGCUGGGCGUGUGGGGACUUUCCUGGGAUGGAAGGCUGCCCCAAACAACACUUACAGGUUCUCAGGAACCAGAGCCAGGCCACACCCUCCUAGCCCCCUGGUCAGGCCUUCCUGGAGGUGGACAACCCCCGUCCACCCCAGCCCCGCUAAGUCCGGUCUCUCUGUCCCUUCUUCCGACAACAGUACUUUCUCCCAUCAGUAUGUCGGGGGGUUCAGAGACAGGUAGAAGGCUCAAGAUGGAGGCUGGCUGCCCCUGAGGACACUUGAUUGCCCCAGCAGGCCUUUCCCAGGGGCCUCCAUGGGCAGGCCAGGCCCUCUUGGAAAACAGAGUUUCACGGAAUAUUUUUGUACCCGAUGUUUACAGAUGCUGUUGGGAAGUUAUCAAUAAAGACUCCAUUCCUAAAAAGGGAAGGUUGCCCAUGGCAGUGACUUCUUGGGCCCAGACAAGGGACAUAAGCUGGGGUUGCAGACAAUCGGGAUCAGGGACCAGGGGCAGAUGUGGCUGCUUUUGGUGGGAGUCCUGACCUCCAUCGCCAUCUAGGCCUUUGUACAUGCUGUUCCCAAUGCUUGGAACACUGCCUUCACUCAUAGCUCCACAGUCCACUCCGAGCCAUCCGUGACUCCCACAUCACCCCCCUCCCCUGUUGGUCGUUCUUGUUAGCUGGUAUCCAGUUGGCCCGCAUUCAUGGUGACCCCACGCACAAUGGAACAAAAUGCUGUCUGGUCCUGUGCCAUCCCCAUGAUCAGUUAUGGACUGGACUGUUUUGAUCCGUAGGGCUUUCAAAGGCUGAUUUCAGAAGUUGAUCACCAGGCCUUUCU